CCUCCCUCCCAAGUCUUUUCCUGCAAGUGGUGGGGACUGUUGUCUCUGCUCUGCAUCUUCUGGGAUCUGAAGUUGCUGGCAGCUCUAAUUCAGACAGUCAGACAGAACAUGCCAAAAGGAAAAACAGAUUCCUUGAGAUCUCUGGAAGACUUCCUGGGAGCAGAGUUGAAUAAGCAAAAUUCAGCUGGUCCUGAAGCAGAAGGAGCCCAUUCCAUUGGCAGUGGGAGAAGUGGGGGAUUCUGGGAAAACUCUGUGCAGCAGGUCCUGGGAGAGGAGGACACCCUCCACUCAGAUGUGCAGAGCCAGCAGCUCAGGCAGUUCUGCUACCAGGAGACUGAAGAACCCCGAGAGGUUUGCAGCCGGUUCUACCAUCUUGACCACCAAUGGCUGAAGCCAGAAAGGCACACGAAAGCUGAGAUGCUGGACCUGUUCAUCUUGGAGCAGUUGCUGGCUGUCCUUCCAUCAGAGAUGGAGAGCUGGGUGAGGGAAUGUGGAGCAGAGACCAGUUCCCAGGCAGUGGCCCUGGCCGAAGGUUUCCUCCUGAGUCAGGCAGAGGAGAGGAAGCAGGUGGAGAAGCAGGGAAAGGAUCUGUUUCCAGAAAUGUGCCCUGAUUUGUCUGAGGCAAAGAGGACUCCAUUGGACAUCAGAGAGAGGCUGCCUGGUAAGGAGGACGGAGUUUCUUCUUCAUUUGGUCACAUGCUGUGGAUUUAG